GUUUCGAAGCGGAUGAUUAUCACAACUCCGAGACGAGCCAACAUGUCGUCGGAAAGCGGCAGUUCGGCAUCUACAGUCCACUACGCCAAACCAGUACUUCGCCAUGUUCCGAUGCCCAGCAGCACUACUCCAUCUUCAAUAGGAUCAUCGUCGUCUUCAUCAUCCUCGUACGCAUCGUCAACGAAACAGACACCACCUCGUUCCCCUGUGAUUCGUUAUCCUACUGUAGUUGUUAGCAAGAAUUCGAUUGCAACACCAUCGUCAUCUCUGACUCCACAGGGUACACCAUCCUACGCUGUACCUGUUUCUAGAAAUCAAAUGCAAUAUUCGGCGUCGAAACUCCAAUACGAGCACAUGCGCCACAGAUGUAAGAUGCUUGACGAUGAAAAUCAGAAGUUGAUGAGAAUGCAAUCGGACGUUGUGAACGAUGCGAACCGAAGAGUUCAGAUGCAUGUCAAUGAAAUCCGAAUGCUGAAAGAAGAUAACCGAAAAUUAGCGAUUAGCAAUAAAGAACUCCGUGAUUUGUCUUGUUUCCUUGAUGACGAUCGCCAGAAGACACGAAAAUUGGCUCGGGAGUGGCAGAAAUUUGGUCGCUACACAAGCAGUCUCAUGAAACAAGAAGUUGAUUCGUACCAUCAAAAAAUGGUGAGCAUCGAAGAGAAGCUGUGCACGAAGGAGCGAGAAGUUGAUGAACUUCGUCAAUUGUGUAUGUAUCUUGAUGAGCAGAGACAGAGCCUCAUGUCCAAUGCCGCUGCUAAUGUUGAUUGUGAUAAUGAGAGUGAAGAUUUGGGGUGUGGAAGCAGUGAACAAAGUGGCGGUUCGGAAGGUCACAACGAUGAAGAAAAGCAUCACGAAUUCAACAAAUGUUUCAAUAAACACAAGGAAUCCACACUUCGACGUAUCAUGGCCACAUCGAUGUGCUCAGAACCAUCAGAAGAAGAGGAGCGAAGAGAAGUUUCGAAAAGAGAACGAUCACGACUUUUGGGAUACAUUCAAUCGUUGGAAAAUCGUAUCAAACAUCUCGAAAUGUCUCAAAAUCAUGAAAGCUUCUGGAACUCUUCAUCCAACGUGGGCUCAGAUUGUGACGAGAAGACGAUCAUUGAACGGGGAUGGUUAGGCGAAGAAGUGAUGAGUAAUAGUGAAGAUUGUCAUUUGGAACUGAAACCAGUGAUGACUACAUCCUCGACAUCCUCUUCUCAUAUUUUCGGAAAUGAUAAAUGUCCGAUGUUUGAUUCGAUGACAAGUAACAUGACAUCUUCCGGAUGCACAACAUAUGCGAGUUCUGGAACUGAUGGGGAUAGUGUUUUUGUGAUUGGAGAUGAAAUUGAUAUUGGCAAUCUCGAAGUUCGUACACUGUCGCGAAUUGACGAAGAAGCUACAUCUGCCAGUGACACUCUCAAAGAAAGUGCUCGAAUGCCUCCGAAAAUCGCUCCGCCAAUUUGUUCCUCAUUAGUACUGACUAAUUUUGAUAAUAUGUCCGAAGACUGUGCUCCGAGACUUAUGAGAAGUGCUUCUGAAACCUGCCGUCCCACAACAACCUUGAUCUCUUCAACGCAACCCGCCCAAAGAAGUGUUUCCGUCGAAAAGAAUAAUAAUAAUAAUGUACACACCCAUAAUUAAUCAAAAAACUAAUAUCCACUCUAGGUGGGAAACAUUUACCAGUCACACGAAAUUGUAUCUCUUUUUUCUUUUUCCUUUUUUCUUUGUCACAUUUUUCCAUUUUGAUACCAAAUAACCAUCUAGUCAUGUCUUUAGACAAUUUCCAUCACAUACCUUUACACAGUAUCCUGAAAAAACAUCAACCAAUAAAAUUACACAACAUUUA